AUGGAUAGUAAAUCAGGACAAGAGGAAUCCGAUACAAAUAGUCAACCAGCCAAAGUCACAAAAUCUAUGAACGACCUAACCAACGAAUUGGGCGAUAUUUUAAUAGAUGACUUAGGACUUGAUGACGAUUUUGACUGUGUGUCUAGUCAUGGAAUGACUCGUGAAUUCCUGUUGGUGCUUGACAAGAAGUUCAUGCCUAAAUUCAACGAGGGGGAUCUACAAUGUGCUAAAAGGCCAUGGGUACAAUUCGCUGCAACAGCUGCUGCUUAUGUGUACAAGUCUGUUGGCCAGUGUGUGUCAGAACCAUUGCGUGUAUGGUUAAGCAAUGUAGCGAGCUCUGCAAUUCUCUACGGACUUCUAGGAGAGUUGGCCACACCAGGAACAGCAGGUACAGAUGAAGGCACACGUUCUUCUGGAGAAGCGACAACUGAAAAUUUAUCACUCCCGGACAUAUGUCUGGACGAUGGUCAAGAUGGUUAUUGGUAUUAUGGUAGUUGGACGGUAGACAAUGUAGCAAAUAGUUAA